GAAGCAUGCCAAUGACUGCACUCCUAUCACAUCUCAGGUGCAGAGCUGUGCCAGACUGAACAGAUAUUGAAACAAUAAUCAUCAACAGCUGAUCAUUUUAAGCCCACCAACGGCACGUGGGCUUGUUGUGCUACGUCACUUCCUGAGCGGCACAGACUGAACCAGCCGGAAAGUUGUCAGCUCGCGACAGAUGUUUCGCCUGUCUUCGAUCGAAUUCAGUAAUCCUUGAUUUCUUUUGAUCACAUAAUUAUUCUUUCAGUCUGACAAAUACAGAUUUGCACUUUUAUGUAACCCCACAGCAACACUUCCGGAGAAAGUUUUGUAACGACUUUUAACUGUUGAGGAUCAGGCUAGCUUUAUUAGCUGCUACAGUUAGCGGUUUGGAGUCUGUCCUGCAGGGUUUUUGCUCUUGACCACAUGGGUCCAAACGCAUGUUUUAGGAACAGGUAGCUGUUCGUGAAGCUGUCUCGGUUUGUGACUGGCAUUCAUCUGGGUUUGUGCUAAAUAGAACUCACCGCUACCCAGCGAGAGUCUUUCAACAUGUCAAAUCAGCUGACUGCCGAGCAACAGCGAAAGAUUGAGGAGAACAGACGGAAGGCUUUAGAGAGAAGAGCCCAAAGACUUGGACAGACUGUCGGCUCCAGUAAGCAGCCGUCAACAGUCCCCAAGGGCAAUCCGGAGCUCCUUAAACAGGGCGUUUCCCAGGACCAUGCUGUCACCGCUUACCCCACUAAAACCAAAGCUUCUUCCCAAAAAGGGUUUGUUCCACCAUUUAGAAAAGAGCCCAAGGGCUUCAGCAACGAAGUUAGUCAACAACCGAACCAUCAGUUGCUUUCUAGCACAAGCGACCGGGUCAACCAGAGCACUCUCAAUAACACUGCUCCAUCCAGACAGAUGCAAGCCUCGAGUCUUCAGACGAAUCAGCAUCUGAACAGCGUUGUCUCCUGCGGGGCAGGCGUCGGUGGUGGCUCGGCUCAGACCGUCGCUGGCCUCACCUCCAGCAGCUCCGGGGGCUCAUCGGGCUCCUUCUACAAGCAGACUCCCGCCGCCCAGCCUCCUCCAAAGACCAGCGCCCUGAGCGCCGCGCCCGCCAAAAAGCCGGCCGUCUCGGUCCGGGGGAGAUGCGUGCCUCACGCAGACGGGCGUUUCAGAGUGGAAGUGGGCUACAACACUGAGCUCAUUGCUGCUUUUAAAUCCAUCCCCUCAAAGAACUAUGAUCCUUCUACAAAAACAUGGAACUUCAGUCUCGAGGACCACGCACUGCUAAUGGAGCAGGCAGCCGCCAUUGCCUCGGUGUCUCUGAGGCCUCUGGAGGGGAUGGAAGGGACGGAGGCAGCCCACAGCCGGCCCCAUGACGGGGCAGCGUUGGGGGCGCUGCUGAGGCUGUGUAGCGGCUGGCAGAAAGCUGGAGCUACUCUGCGGGGACAGUGCGUCCUGGUGUCUCCGGCAAAGUUCGAGGUUGACAUCCUUUACCACGCGGACGUCAUUGGAGCGUUUAAGCAAAUGCCAACGAAAAACUACGACAUGAACACAAGGAAGUGGAGCUUUUCGCUUGAGGAUUACAAGAGACUCAUGGAUUUUCUCAGUGGGCUAGCAGCAGUGGAGGUGGAGCCUUUACCCAGGGCAGUGAUCCAGACUUUUUCUGCCAGGUUUGAUGGGACUGGCGCCAGGUCUUUAGAUGUCCCUGAGGCAGACCUCUCCAGCAUCGACCCCGCACUCACCUCCAGCCUCAUGCCCUUCCAAAGGGAGGGAGUCAACUUUGCAGUGUCUAAACAAGGCCGUCUCCUUCUGGCUGAUGACAUGGGCCUGGGGAAAACUGUGCAGGCCAUCUGUAUUGCAGCCUACUACAGGGACGAAUGGCCUUUAUUAGUGGUGGCUCCGUCCUCUGUGCGAUUCACCUGGGCCGAGGCCUUCAGGCGCUGGCUUCCGUCUCUGACUCCUGACAGCGUCAAUGUGGUUGUAAAGGCCAAAGACAACCUGCGAUCUGGCUUAGUCAACAUCAUCAGCUACGACCUGCUGAGCAGGAUAGACAAGCAGCACACAGGAAACCCCUUCAAAGUUCUCAUUAUGGAUGAGUCUCACUUUAUGAAGAACAUGAAGACGGCUCGAUGUAAAGCAGCCUUGCCUCUGCUGAAGGCAGCAAAGAGGGUGAUUCUUCUGUCUGGAACACCAGCAAUGUCCAGGCCCAGUGAGCUCUACACCCAGAUUCUGGCUGUCAGGCCGACACUCUUCCCCCGCUUCCAUGAGUUUGGUCUGCGCUAUUGUGCUGGCAGAGAGAGCACUUGGGGCUGGGACUACACGGGCUCAUCCAAUCUUGGAGAGUUGAAGCUGCUCUUGGAGGAGAGUUUGAUGUUGCGGCGCCUCAAAUCGGAGGUCCUUUCCCAGCUUCCUGCUAAACAGCGUAAAGUGGUCACAAUCACCAUCGACGGCAUCAACACGCGCAUAAAAGCUGCUCUCUCAGCCGCCGCCACCAUGUUGUCCAAGGAUCACCGCAACAAAACAGAGGAGAAGGAGGCCCUGCUCGUAUUUUAUAACCACACUGCUGAAGCCAAGCUACAAGCCAUUAUGGAGUACAUCACAGACAUGCUGGAGUGUGGGAGGGAGAAGUUCCUCGUGUUUGCCCAUCAUAAGUUAGUCCUGGAUCAUAUCACCUCUGAACUGGUGAAAAAGAGCGUGAACUUUAUCCGCAUCGAUGGGGCGACUCCGUCUGCGGAGCGACAGCAGCUGUGCGAGAAGUUUCAGUUCUCAGCUAAGAGCUGCGUGGCAGUUCUGUCCAUCACGGCAGCCAACAUGGGGAUCACCCUGCACGCCGCAGACCUGGUGGUCUUUGCUGAGCUUUUCUGGAACCCCGGGGUUCUCAUCCAGGCGGAGGACAGGGUUCAUCGCAUCGGACAAACCAGCAACGUGAACAUUCACUAUCUGGUAGCGAAGGGAACUGCUGAUGACCAUCUGUGGCCAAUGAUCCAGGCAAAAAUGAAUGUCCUGGAGAAGGUGGGUCUGUCGGAGUCAAACCUCUCCGAUAACGCUGUCAACGCGAGCUUCCACUCAAAGGAUCCUAAUCAGAGGAGCAUCAUGGAGAUGUUCCAGAGAUCUUUCUCAGCAGAUGAGGACCUGGAUGAAGCCAUCUUGAUGGAAGCUGCAAAGGACUGGGAGGACGCUCCAUCCGGAAACACGCCGGCUCAAUGCCAUGACACCAAGGCUGCCAAAGGCACCAGCAAAAUGAACCUGAAAGACUAUUUCAGCAGAUGACUCUAAGAAUGGUGCUUUUAAAAGCUGUAUGUUUCAUCAUUUGGCUUCAUGUAGUCAUCAUAUCAUGACUGAAUCAGUUAAACACCUCAAUAGAAUGACAAAAAUGACAGUUUGUUUAUUUUCUUUUCCUAAUAAAUGUAAGUAAAUAAAUGUGUCUCAGUUUGGGGUAAGUUUGGUUAAAUGGUAACUGCAGCUCCAGCAGAAACGGCUUUUCAGCUGAACUCAUGAAUUCCGCAUCAGCUGAUUCACCAGGUUGAACAUCCCCUUCAUCAGAUGCCGUUUUCCUCAGAAACACAGAUACGCUACACUAGCUAGUC